AUGCCUAUCACAUCUAGUCGUGGAAAUGUAAGAAGAAUAGCGUUUCGUGCGAGAGGAAGGUCUGCGCAGUCUUUUGAUGCUAGUGGAUCACGAGUUGAUUCUGGAGCAGCUGGAGACGGACGCCAGUUUCUUCAAAUACGACCUGCCUUGGCAGAUCCUCGUACUACUACUUUACAACAUUCCAUCACAACAUUGUCCGGAAGUAAUUAUGUGUUUAAAGAAGACGUCAAAGAUGAUACUCUUAAUUUGCAAGCUGUUGGAGAAGGUAAAGUACAACUAUCUCGAACACCACAGGAAAAAGAUCGCUUACCUGAUAGAAUUAGUCUGGACAGACGUGGUCUUUCGUCAAUACCUCACAUAGUUGGAGAGCCAGGACUGCGUUUAUUAUCCCUUCAACAUAAUUUGAUAAAUACUUUAUCAGGCCUUUCUCCACUUGAUUUAAGUAAACUUGUUUUUCUUGAUGUAUAUGAUAACCAAAUUGAUAAAAUAUCAUCACUUGAGAGACUUUUCAGUUUAAGAAUACUUUUAAUGGGCAAAAACAGAAUCAAAAGGAUUGAAGGAUUAUCGAAUCUUCUAAAAUUAGAAGUAUUAGAUUUACAUGGAAAUAGAAUUACAAAAGUUGGAGGGUUAUCAAAUCAGAGUGAACUUAAAGUUCUUAACUUAGCAGGUAAUCAAAUGAAAUGCAUUGGUAAGACCGAUCUACAGGGCCUUAUAUCAUUGAGAGAACUAAAUUUAAAACGAAAUCGCUUGAGAAAAUUACAAGGCUUUCAGCAUACUAUUAAAUUACAAAAAUUGUUUCUUGGAAAUAAUGAUUUGCAAAGCAUAGAAGACGUAGCGUCUUUAGCUGAAGCCACAACACUAACAGAAGUUUCUUUGGAUAAUAAUCCUGUAGCCUUAGGAGGUGAUUGUACGCCAUUUUUGGUAUCUUAUCUUCCGAAUUUGGUCACAUUAACUAAUAUGCACGUAAGUGAGCAGGUGCGUAGAGCUGCAAUGGCUUGGCGAGGUAAUAAAGAAGCAGCACAUGCAGCUUAUUGUGCACUUAGUGGUUCUGCACAACAAGCCGCUCGUCGAGACCAAGUAAUUCAUAAUGCUCGAACUAAUUGGGAAUUACUUAGGUCAGAAAACAAGUGUUUUAUUAAUACAAGUAGUGCGGUCAAAAAAGAUGAUAUUGAAAAAGAAUUUGAACAAUCAAGUUCCACUACUACAGUUACCGAAACUGAUGCAACGCAAACCGUAGAAACAGCUGUAAUUCCUGAUUUAAUAGCAUCUACAAGACACGUAGAUGCAGAUGACUCUGAUUAUAAAUUAUUUAAUAACAGUGAUACAAUUAUUAAAAAAUCAGAUACCACAAGUUUUAAGCCUUUACGAAAGUUACAUAGAAGUUCAACUGCUCGCAAACCUUCAGAUAAACGAGUAAAUUUUUCAGAACGAAGUGCUUCACAAGACACAGAUGCUUCACAUUCAACGUCUACUAGUAGUGAUUUAAGAUUACCGCCCAUUUUACUGCCUAUAAUAUCUUCACUAGAAAAUGUAAAGUUAUCAGAUAAUUCUGAACCAGUACUUAAACGCUGGGAAAGCAUUUCAAGUGUAGAACCUAUAGGCGAUUCUUCGUUUAGUUCCCUACCUUCAUCAACAAGUGAUAGUGAUGAUAAUACAAGCAAAAAACAUUUCCAAAGAGUACCCACAGUUUUAAGAAAACGAGAAAAUUUUGGUACUAUGCGUUCUAAGUCUGUUUGCGAUCCAGAAAGCCGAAGAGUCAAAGGAAAUUAUAGAAAUUUUGACAACAGUGAGAAUGUCAGUAAUAUCUCGUGUAACACAAACGUAGGUUCUGUUACGACAUCAUCAACUUCAGGAAGUGACAAUAACAGCAAAACUUUAAGGAGACAAGGAUCUUUAAAUAGCAGAUUAAGCAAUAGAAAUAUUCGUAGUGCUACAGUUGCAAGAAGAAGUGAAAGGGCCUCCUCCAGUCAUCGAGCCUCAACUGCCAGAGUUAAACCUAGUAAAAACUUAGCAAGCUUAAAAUCAUCAGAACCUGUACCUAAACAAGUCCCGCUUUCUAAAGAUAGGGAACAGGGGGUUGAUUACUUAGUUGAAGUAAGCGACGGUCUUGUAAGUGCGUGGGGUGCUGGUGCAGUGCGUCGUUUGUCACGUGACUGGGAGUGGGAACGAGCAAAGACAGUUACAAAAGCAGCGUUUCAUUAUGUGCACUUUAAUGCGGUUGCACAGUCUUUACCAGAACUAAAAGCCAAAUUCCCAAAUGUAAUACAUGUGUCAGUGAGAGCAACAGGGCUUCAGUAUUUAGGACAAUUACAUGCCUUAGCUGAACUGAGAGGAAUAACAGGUCUAACAAUAAUGCCAGAAGGUAACCCAAUAUGUAUAAAAAGUUGGCGUGAAUAUGCAGUAUAUCGACUUGCUCAUUGGGGUCUUAAAGAAAUUAAUAAUGAACCGGUGACAGAUGAAGAAUUGAAGGCAGCUAAUCAAACAUUUAACGGUUUAAGCGAUAUUGUGCUCCGUGCGCUUCCUGAUGCACCGUUGCAACCGUUACUAACACGAUUAGGAAGAAGUGGCAAUUGCCUAGUCAGUGCUAAGACUUGGCUAAGAGGAACUGAUCCAGCAUUACGCGAUGUAAUAGCUAAAGAAGCACUACAAUAUAAAAAGAGUCAUGUUUCUCAGGAAGAUAUGAGUUGGAGAGUGCGUGGUCGUGGUCAGUUAUCACAUGCGAUUGAGCUAGCUUGUGGUGCGGCAAUACGUCUUCGAACACUUGAACUACAAUGGCCGACCAUCUUCGUAGAAAUGAUUGAAGAAGUUUUACAAGAUUUUACUGACAUGGAGGCUCAUGUAAAGGAUCAGAUGCGUUUGCUCAUAGAUUCUUUGUGA